AUGGUCGUCUACAUGAUGCAUUUCAACGCUCCGGCCAUCAACGCAUCAGGUGCGCUAUCAACGGAGGCAAUACUGGGUGUGCAGAUAGUCAUCUGGUCAGGCCUAGAGAUGAACAUUGCCUUCGCAUGUGGGUCUGUGCCGGCCGUCAAACCGUUGUUGUCCUUGCUCUUUCCCUCGCUCAACUUCAAGACCCGCCAUUACGCGAAGCAGAGAGCGCAAAAGCUCGUUAGGGACAGCCAAAAUCAAGAUUCGCCUUCGCACCCCAGCUCCGCCAAGUCCUUGUACCCCCUCAACUCCUUGCGAAAGUACGGGCAAAGCCUGGACGAUAGCCUUUCGAGAACAACGCGCAACGACAUGGAACUCGAGCUGAUCCAAGCCCAGAAUGCCAUUAUCGUGGAGCGGUCAGUCGAACAAGGCACGGAACUAGGAACAGUAGAAGACUACAACAGGAGGUUUCCUGGCCUGCCAGCCUGGGAUACCGAAUGUGGGCGGACGCUGUGA